AUGGCGACCACCAUGCGCCUGUGCAAUGGCCUUUUUCUACGCACUUUGUAGCUGUGUCUUGUUGAUGGAAAUUUCCGUUCGUAAUAGUUUCGCAAUUUUAAGUCAUAUAUUCAUUCGGUUUAGAAAAAUGUUCAUUUAGGCGAAUACUGCGUCAUUGCCAAACGGAAUUAUAUAAUUGUUACAGCAAAUAUCGACCUGUCAAGAGCGUUGUGCUUGUUUUUCUCUGGAGUUCUUUCCCUUGUGCUAUUUUUGAAGUUGAUCAACUUUUGAAGUUAUUUUUCGUUGAUAUGGAGUUCCACGGUGGUGGGUCUGGUGGGGUCGUGGUCAGUGGCAGUAACGUACCUGCAUUUCUUACGAAACUUUGGACUCUUAUUGAGGAUCCGGACACCGAUCCUCUGAUCUGCUGGAGCCCAAAUGGCAACAGCUUCCAUGUGUUUGAUCAGGGCCAAUUCUCCAAGGAGGUGCUUCCCAAGUAUUUCAAACACAAUAACAUGACCAGCUUUGUACGCCAGCUCAAUAUGUACGGCUUCCGCAAAGUAGUCCACAUUGAGCAGGGCGGUCUGGUGAAGCCUGAGAAGGAUGACAUGGAAUUCCAGCAUCCCUACUUCAUCCGCGGACAGGAGCCUCUGCUUGAAAAUAUAAAACGGAAAGUUACCAAUGUGUCCAAUGUUAAACAUGAAGACCUCAAGAUGAGCUCUGACGAUGUCUCGAAAAUCCUGACCAACGUGCAGAACAUAAAGGGCAAGCAGGAGACCAUAGACUCCCAAAUCAUCGCCAUGAAGCAUGAGAAUGAAACUCUGUGGAGAGAGGUGGCCAGCCUCCGACAGAAACACGUCCAGCAACAGAAAGUCGUCAACAAGCUGAUCCAGUUCCUAGUGACCCUGGUGCAGUCCAACAGAGUCCUGGGGAUGAAGAGAAAGAUUCCCCUGAUGCUGAAUGACAGCAGCUCCGCCCACUCCAUGCCCAAGUACAGCAGGCAGUACUCUCUGGAACACCUUCAGGCCUCGCUGCAGGCCUCGUCCUCUAUCUCUCCCUCGGGCUCACCAUUCACCAGUACAGGUCUCUUCACGGCGGAGUCAUCACUUAACAACGGCCCCAUAAUCUCAGAUGUCACUGACCUGGCUCAGGCCAGCCAUGUGGAAGGCACCAAUGAGUGGAUAGAGGAAAGCACGAGCCCAUUGGUCCACAUAAAGGAGGAGCCGUCCAGUCACAUGUUGGAGGAGGUGUGUCCUGCUGAGGUUGUGAUCGACGGGGUAGGGGUCCAGGUUGACACGCCUCUGUCCCCCAUCAACUUCAUCAACUCCAUCCUGCAGGAGAGCAACGAGCCUAAUGCAGCCCCCGCCCCCACGACCCCUACGGAGCAGAAGUGUCUCAGCCUCGCCUGUCUAGACAAUUCUACACAGAAGUCAGAGGUCUCCCGCCUCUUCCCCUGCCCCGCCUCGUCUCUACACCUCAGACCUAUCCCAGGGAGUGAACUGAGUGACCAUUUGGACAGCAUCGACAAUGGCCUGGAAAACCUCCAGACUAUCCUGAAUGCACAGUCCAUCAAUUUUGAGUCCUCACCCUUCUUUGAAUUCUUCAGUUCUUCCCUGCCUGGCUCUGAAUUCGACCUGGAGAGCCUUGACAGUAUCCAGGACUUGCUUUCAUCGGAUCCACCUAAAGGGGCUGAGGGAAGUGACAACUACACUGCAGGGAAGCAGCUUGUCCAGUACACCACCCAGCCAAUGUUACUGACUGACCCAUUGACCAGUGAGAACGGGGGGGCGGACCUCCCCACUCUGCUGGAAGGGGACUUGUAUUUCAGCCAGGACCCUGAAGAGGAACCUGAAGAGGAACCGAUCAUCUCACUCCUCACCUCUGACACAGCAGCACCAGACACGCCCAAAUUAUCCUAAACAAACUUUUUAUAAAGGGAUGUACUAGUAUGUUUAAUUUUAUUUUAUGUUAAUGUGCAGAUGACAAAUCAACCUGGUUAUGGUUGUUCACUAUUCUCUAUGAGCUAUUGCGCUUCAUUCAUUUCAAGGCUUAAACUUCCUAGUGAAAGAAUUUUCCUUUAGAUUAAUCAAAACAGAAGUUAGACUAAAAUUACUGCCAUGGUUUGUUCAGCUCUUGGAAAUGACUUCCUGGGUUGUAUUAUCUGUGGUCUUAUUGGCGGGCCUUAAAUUAAACUCCCUACAAGAUUAAUCAUUACCAGGUCAAGUUUUAAGCAUUGAUCACCAAGCUCCUUUAACUAUUAAAAAUGGAAGUAUUCAGAAUAAUUGUAACACAGGGCAUAGAAUCUUUUUCUGGGGGGGGGGGGGUUAUUUUAUUUUACCUAUUGAUGUAAGGGUAGUACCUCUUUAUAAUUUUAAGUGUUUAAAACCUUUGUACUGCACCAUAAUCUGGAUUUAUUCACAUUAGAUGCAGAAAGUGUUUUCUUUGACAUGUUUUCAUUGCAUAAUUCAUAAUGGAAUGCUGUUGGUAUUUCAGCACCUUAUAGUUAUUGAAGUUUUAAUGAUAGAAUCCUUCAGUUGCUACAUCUAAGCAUUCUAGAAGAAUGUAACUUAGCAAUGCCUCAGGAGCUUAGUUCAACUGUCGUUCCCCGUCAGAACCCAAAAUUAAACAAUGUAUACUGAACCAAAAUAUAAAUGCAACAAUUUCAAAGAUUUUAUUGGUUACAGUUCAUAUCAGGAAGUCACUCAAAUUGAAAUGAAUUAGGCCUUAAAAUCUAAGGAUUUCACAUGACUGGGCAGGGGUGCAGCCAUGAUUGGGCCCUGGAGGGUGUAGAGGCCCACCAGAAUAAGUUUUCCCCCCCCAAAAAGUGCUUUAUUACAGACAGAAAUACUCCUCAGUCUGGGGGACUGGUCUCAGACAAGAAGCCAGACUUGGAGGUCCUGGGCUGGCCUGGUUACACAUGGGCCGGUUGGACGUACUGCCAAAUUCUCUAAAAUUACUUAGGCGGCUUAUGGUACAGAAAUUAACAUUCAAUGCUCUGGUGGAAUUUCCUGCACUCAGCAUGCCAAGUGCAGACUCACUUAAAACGUGAUACAUCAGUGGCAUUGUGUUGUGACAGAACUGCCCAUUUUAAAGUGGCAUUUUGUCACCGGCGCAAGUUGGACGUGUAUAAUGUUAAUGCUGUUUAAUCAGCUUCUUGAUAUUCAACGCCUGUCAGGUGGACGGAAUAUCUUGGCAAUGGAGAAAUACAGGGAUGUAAACAAAUUUGUGCUGAAAAUUUGAUAAAAAAUAAGCUUUUUGUGUGUAUGAAACAUUUCUGGAAUAUUUAAUCUCAUGAAACAUGGGUCCAACUCUUUACAUAUUGGGUUUUAUAUUGUUGUUCAGUGUAAAUGUAAACUAACACUAUAUAGCCUCAACAUGGUUGGGUUGUGUUUCAGAGGACGCGCGGCUCUCGACCUUCGACUCCCGAGUCCGUACGGGAGUCACCGCGAUGAGACAAGACUGUUACUACCAUUUGGAUACCACGAAAUUGGGGGGGACUUAAUUGGGAUCAUGGAUGGUCAGUCCUUGCAUCUUCAGCUCUAUGAAGUUGAGAGGUUACAUUUCUCUAGGCCCAUACGUCAGCUUUUUACCAAGACAGAAUCCAGGCGGGCUUUAUUGUUUUGAUAAAGGACUCUAGCUUUAAAGUGUAUAUACACCCAAUGGGCAGUUUAUUAGGUACAUCAUCUAGUACCUGGGUUGGACACCGCGAGCCCCAACAGCACACCUGAUUCAACUUGUCAACUAAUCAUCUAGUCUGUGUUGAAUCAGGUUUGCUCCAGAGAAUCUCACGUGUGCUGUUGGGGGAACACUGUUCUAGUGCAGGGAAUCAGCAGUGUAGUUCUAGGGCAAAAACCAAAAUGGGGGAGGGGGGGUCAGGAAUGAGUUUGAACCCUGUUUUAGUGGAUAACCCUUUUGUUCACAGCAAGUAUUCAUGUCUUGAAAUGAAAUCUAUCGAAUUAAGACUGGCCUUUUAUGCAAUUGUACAGACUGCUUUUAGGACGCUUUCUGUAUAUGACGAGACGGACAUAAUAACCCCGAGUUAAUUAUUUGCGAGCCAGCACAUCCCAUUAUGAGUAUUGCUUUUUGGAAAAUAGUUUAAUUUAAAGCAAGAUGACAUGUAUAUCCUCAAUGUGUACUCAGUCAUAUGGGCCUCGUUUCUCAUCUGGAAGCCCGUUUCCCUCGAGCGUUCUUAUUGUUUUAGUCAAAUACUUUUCUAGGAAAACAAAUGUACCAUUGAAUCUUGGUUCAAGUGUGAGGAACUUUAAAAUGUUACCUAUACUGCCCCCGGAAGUCAUUUUGAGUUUGUUCAAACUAGUUUUUUAAAUUAAUUAAUGGCCAUUGAGACGGAGAAUUAUUGGAGUGUAUUGAUGUGCGGAAUUUUGAGUUGUUUAGGACUUUUACCAAUUUUACCGUAGCACAAUGUCACAGCCUGAGAAUCCCAAAUUACGCUUGAGAAUGAUAUUUUGUAUAUAGUAUGUUUCAAAUAAACAUGGUUUUUAAAAUAAA